CUGCGCGCCUACAACUCCCAUCAUGCUUCAUCUGUGAUUGCGAAGCUCCUCGCAGAAAUCGGCGGCUCGACUUUUCACCUGUGCUCACAUUUUCCUUAAUAGAGUUCCUCGGCAGGUCUCUCGUCUUUCCCCGGAGCUCUUGGAUCCCAGAAACAAGGACGCCAAGGCUGAAACGCAGAGACCCUCAAGGAGGCGUGGCUUCAGGACCGGAAGAGACUCCUGUUGCCAAGGGAACGCCGCGCCCCAAGGCGCCUGCUCAGCCCCUGAUGCUCUUGCUGAGGCUGAAGCUGCCAGUUUCCCCAACUAGUAGAGGCGGCUUUGCCCAAGACAAGGGAUCUUUCCGAUGGAGUCCUAGAGAGGAAGGCUGAGGCACUUCCGUACCAGAUUUCCUUCUCAGAAGCUGAUACUAGCGAGUGCAUCCAUUCCGGUUCCUCACAAGCUCCUGGGCCCUCCAGACCAGCCUCAAGAUCAGAUUAGCAAAUAUUGAAAAAUUAACCAUAACCUGUGUUGAUAAAAGGAAUAGAAAGCUUCAUCCACUGUUGCCACUUUGUAUAUAUUGGAAUAACAGUAUGGGAUUGCUAGACCGACUUUCAGGUUUGCUUGGCUUGAAGAAGAAAGAGGUUCAUGUUUUGUGCCUUGGGCUGGAUAACAGUGGCAAAACAACAAUCAUUAACAAACUUAAACCUUCAAAUGCUCAGUCUCAAGAUAUAGUUCCAACAAUAGGAUUCAACAUAGAGAAAUUCAAAUCAUCCAGUUUGUCUUUUACAGUGUUUGACAUGUCAGGUCAGGGAAGAUAUAGAAAUCUCUGGGAGCACUAUUAUAAAGAAGGACAAGCCAUUAUUUUUGUCAUUGAUAGUAGUGAUAGACUCAGAAUGGUUGUGGCCAAAGAAGAGCUCGAUACUCUUCUGAAUCAUCCAGAUAUUAAACACCGUCGAAUUCCAAUCUUAUUCUUUGCAAACAAAAUGGAUCUUAGAGAUGCAGUGACAUCUGUAAAAGUGUCUCAGUUGCUGUGUUUAGAGAACAUCAAAGAUAAACCAUGGCAUAUUUGUGCUAGUGAUGCCAUAAAAGGAGAAGGAUUGCAAGAAGGUGUAGACUGGCUUCAAGAUCAGAUCCAGUCUGUGAAGACAUGAAAAGAUAGGAUCUAGAAACCUCAACAAUUUUGAAUCUAAGGAAUAUAUUUAAUAUAAACUGAGUACAUUAAAAUCUUUUAAAGGUGUGUGUGCAUCCAGGAAUACUUUAUAAUAUUCUGUUUGCAUUAAUGGACUUUGAAGAGCUUUUUAAGACCAUAGGAAUUUCAGGUAUGCUAAUCUGGCUAUUUGUUACAUAAAAACUAAAUCUUUCCUCAAAAGGAAUCCCUAGAAUUAUCAACUUUUUGGUAAAGGUCUACAUUUGAUUGUAAUCAGAAUAUUUGAAAGAGUUAUGAGCCAUCUCAAUAUCCCAUCAUGAUUUAUGAUCUUUAAUGUAUUUUAUUUUUGUCUUUUUAAAUAUGUAGUUUAUGGUAUGAUUUUUUAGUAUGAAUUGUGCUUUUGAAAAUAGCUUUAAAUAUUUAUAAAGGACCAUGGAUAAUUAAUAUAUAUUAAUUUUUUAGUAUGUGUCACUAUCAAUAAAACAAAAAAGGCAGCUUACCAACUUGCAUGGUUUGUUUUUGCUGAAAAAAAAUAAUAUUGUGUAAUGUGGUAUUUGGUGUUUUACUGCCAACAUUUGUACAUAAUAUGAGGCCAAGAUAAACAAAAUUUUUUUUUUCAAUGUGUUUUAGACAUCUCUACCCUGAACAGUCAGGCAUAGUCCCAAAGCAAUGGUGAUACAAAAUAUGUUAAGUCAUUCCUUAUUUUCACAGAACUUAAAAUAUAAUGAGGGAGAAUCUGAGCACCUUUUCAAACAUGGCAAAUAAUUUCAUUUUAUUAGCUGAAUGAAAAUAUCACAUCUUUAGAUUUAAAGUAAAACAGGAAAUUAAUGUUGGACUUUAACAAUUAUCAUAAAUUGUUUUUUCCUUUAAAAUGCCUCUGUGUUGGUCACUUUUCUGUUACUGUAACAAAAUUUCUGAGAUAAUCAAUUUUUUAAAAAGGAAUAGUUUAUUUUGACUCACAGUUUUGGAAAUUUCAGUCAGUGACUAGCUCCAUUGCUUUUGGGCCUGUGUCAGAGCAUCAUAAGGGGAGUAUGCCACAGAAGCUACUCACCUCAUGGAAACUCCGAAGCAAGAGAGUAAGAGGAGAGUCUUUGGUCCCAGUAUCAAGUGCACACCCAGAAGGACCUCACUUCCUUCCCCUAUGCCUCACCUUCAAAGGUUCUACUACCUCCCAGCAGCACCAUGGUCUGAGAUCUAAGCCUUCAAUACAGGGGCCAAUGGGAGACAUUUGAGAUACAAACAAUAGCAGCCUCCAAAUGACUAUAGUAGUACCUUGUUAAAAUAUGCCUACACAGACUUGAAAGUAAGCUGCUAUAUAAAUGCUCUUUGGAAUUUUAGACAUCUCAAGCUCACUAGUUGUGUUACUUUUCACAACUUAAAGACCACUUAAAUUGUGAACUAUAAAUACAAGAUUUUGUUUUAAAUUAAUCACUGAGAAACAGUUCAUAGAUCAGUGGUGUCAAUCCUGAAAACAUUAAAUAUAAAGAAAAGCAAUGGAAUGUAUAAUAUCUUAAACAUCCUUAGCUAUGAGAAUGAUAAAAACAGAAAGAAAUACAGAGGGUUAAUAAUACAAAUGUGUUUUAGUAACCACAAUAGUGUUUUUUUUAUAACAGAAUUCUUACUAACUUUAAAACUACAGUAAAAGUUCUAUAAUACAGUUUCUCAAAAUCCAGAAAUACCAGCAAUCUUAUAUUUGUCAAACUGAAAGUUAUUCAGAAUAUUCCAAUGGUCCAACAUUUUGCCAACAUCUCAUAAAUUUUUUGAUAAGGAUAAAAAUGAUCAUUGAUCUAGAGUUGCCUCAAAUAUAGAAAAGACAUUAUGAUGAAAACACUGAAUGUGAUUUUUUAAAAACUGAUAUAACUAAUUUAUAGGAUAGAAAAAGACAUUCAAAUCCUUACCUACCAUAAGAAAUAGUAACAUGGGUUGGGGUUUAUGCUCAGUGGUAGAGCAUUUGCCUAGUGUGUGUGAGGCUGUAAGGUGCUAGGUUUGAUUCUUAGCACCACAUACAAAUAAAUAAAAAUAAGUGUCCAUUGACAAUUAAAAUAUAUAUUUUAUAAUUAUAUAAUAUAUAUAAUAUAUUUAUAUAAUUUAAAAGAAAAUAGUAACAACAGUAAUAAUUAUCACUAUAGGAAUACAAAAUCAUGAAUCAGAUAUUAUUACACAUUCAGAAUUUUGCACUAUUUAAUCCUCACAAUAACGUUAUGUGGUUAAGUUCUGUUAUUUGUUAUAUGGAUUAGGAAACUAGAACUUAAAGUGGUUAUGUAACUUGCUGCAGGUCACAGCUAGUAAAUGGUGUUACUGAAAUUCAGUACCCCACAAUCUGUUUAAGAGGGAUGAGUCAAGAGAAUUAGUAUAGGUAUUAGGAGUACAGAUUUAUCUGCCCCCCAAAAUGACUAAAAUGUCUGAGAAGACCAGGAUGGAGCCAUACUAUGAAAGUCAGAGGCCAGGGACUACUGUCUGUUUUUCACUUUUUUCUUUUGUUUGUUUGGUGGUGCUGGGGAUCGAACCCAGGGCUUUGUGCAUGCUAGGCAAGCACUGUACCAACUGAGCUAUUUCCCCAACCCUCACUUUUUUCCUUUUUGUUUUAAGGCUAUUAAUACUAUUUAUAUUUUAAACUCUGAGCAUAAAUGACUUUGAUAAAAAUAAUUCUCAAAGCUAUUUUGAUGCUAAGUAAAUUCUCUACAAGCUAUGUUAACUGAAACUGUUAUGUAUGUUUUUUCAGAAGGAGGAAAAGUACUGACUCUUAUUUCUAUGAUCUCCAAAAUCUAGGUUAUAGUUUACAGAUAUCUAUCCCUGAUCUACAUUUUUGUGUAGAAAUUCUGUAGAAGUAAGUUGAGUAACAAUACAGAUGUGUGUACAAACCAAAAUUAUUGCAUUUCUAUUUAGCAUAUAACUAAAACAUACCUUACAAAAACUGAAACAAGUGUUUUAUUUUCAUGUUUGGACACCACUGUAUUAUAAAGUUUAGUUCAUUAAGCUCUGCAUUUGAAUAUAACACCUUGUAAAAUGUUCAAACCUUAUAUUUAAUGUUUUACGUUUAAAUAUUUGUAUGUGGCCUUACUAAGCCUGUGUUUUAUGAAUAACAAAAGGGCUGAGUUUUAUAUAUUUGUUUUCUAUUUAGAAACUGUCUACUAAAAAUAAUGGAUUAUCUUCUAAUUACUUUAAGGUUUUUUUCUCCCUUAAGAUUUUGGCACACAAGUGUUGUGUUAUAUGCAGUUAUCCUUGAGAAUACUUGUCUUUAGUUUCAGCUACUAUAACAAAGUACCAUGGACUUGGUGGCUGAUAAAGUGGGAAAAUUUUACUUCCCACUAUUCUGAAGGCUGGGAGUCUGAGAUCAGAGUGCCAACAUUAUAAAGUCUUGGUGAGAGCCCUCUUCCCAUUACAGAGUUCUUCUCAUGUGGUGGAAAAAGGCAAGAGAACUCUUUGGGUCCCUUUUAUCAGGGCAUUAACUCUAUUAUAUCCUUAUGUGACUCCACCCUAUAACCUAAUUACCUCCCAAAGGCCUUACCUCCUAAUAUCACAUUUGAGGUUGGGAUUUCAAAAUAGGAAAUUUGGAAGAAUACAAACAUUCAGUCUGUUUUAAUACUUAAGGCAAAUUCAUCAGUUGACAUUGUGCAUAUUUUCUGUUUUCUGAUUAUUCUCUCAUUUCUGAGUUUUAAAAAAUAAAUGACUCAUUCUAGAAAUUCACCUAAAUGAAUAGGUGUGUAUACUUUGGCUGGAGAGCAAUACAGUAAUGACUGAGAAAUUAUUCUGUGUUUAAUUGGAUGUUUUAGGUAAUAUAGUUAUUGCAUUUUUACAGUGAAUCUUUCUUAGUAUGGAUGUUUCUGCUCAGGUUUGUAAGGGUUACUUCAGAAUCAUUACUUUGUUUUGAUCACUUAGUUUUAAUGCCACAUUUAGGGGCUUCAUCAAUAUAGAAUGUCAAGCUUUCUGGCAUUUGGAAUAAAUCAGAAAAGACAAAUUCCUUCUUCAAAUUUCAAGUCACCAAGCAAUAUGAGAAGGUAUCCAGGAAUAGUAGUUAUCUUAAAAUAAAUUUUUUUAGAAAUAUAAUAAUGAUAAAUAUCUUUAUAAUUUUUACUAUUUGUACUUUGUAAACACCUUACAUAUAUUAAUUCAAUUAAUUUAUUUAAUCAUCAUAUCAAUCCUGUUAAGGUAAAUGCUCUUAUUAUCUCUCUUAUAUGGAUCAGGAGUCAGCAAACUGUUAACCUAUUUUUUGCAUGGUCUUUGAGCUAAUCAUGAUUUCAUAUGUGUAAAGGAUUGUAUUAAAAAAAAGGAGAAGGAGCAUCAGAGAGUGUGUAUGGCCCAUAAAGCCUAAAAUGUUUACUGUACAGAUCUUUUGCACAAAAACUUUGCUGAACUCUUAAUAUUGAAAAUGAGGCAAGAUAGGUUAAGUAACAUGCUUAAGUUCAUGCUGCAAACAUAUUGGAAAACCUGGGUUUAUAGUCUAGAAGAUCUGGCACCAAAUUUAUGUGUUCUUAAUCUCUAUAUGAUUUCUCAAAACAGCUAAAGACUAACCUAAAAUGUAAUAGGGUAAUUUGAAAUUACUUAUUAAAUAAUUAUUAAAAAUGAAACAUUAGGUACCAAUGGCUUGAAAGUAAUUCUUUGAAACCCCCUUUCCCCCUUCCCCAUAAGAUUCAUAGGCAAGUCUUUGCUCUGUACAGUCAUUUUCCUUCCUUUUCUUUAAAUGGGUGGCAAGAGAUUGACGGAUUGUGAAGCUUCAGAUUGUCCCCAAGGAUCUGGCUUAGAUUUCCAGGUUUCCCCAUGAAUCUUAUUUUGAGAUAAAUGAUAACUAGUGUUGAUGGUCUUGAAAUAUGUAUAGUAGAAUGUGGAAACAUUUAUAAUUCAGUUUGUACAUAUUUUUUAAGUUAUGUGAUAAUAAGUAACAACUAUAACUAAAAAUAUUUUCUUAAUUACAAACAUAGUUAUGCUUUUGUUCACUCUAUACACUGCUUGGCCCCAGACAUGAGAAUUCUUUCUCAGGAAACAUGCAGCAGAGUAGAGUACACAAAAUGCCAACUUUCUUGCCAGAGGAUCAGAAAGGGGAGAUCCUCAAUAUAAACCUGUGUCUCAAACUUUGAAAACUAAGCUACAAAAUAGACUAUGACUCAAGUUCAAGAUUGGCCCCCUGGGCGGCAUACAUAUGGGCUAGAUAGGAACAAAAAUGCAAAAGUUUGAAAGCAUAAAAUUGAAACAAAUCCUUAACAAGACUUGUAACUUUAGGCCUAAACCCAACCAGGUUGAACUCCUACUAAAAUCAUCAACAUCUCUAUAGAAUUUAAACAAGAUUUAGACUCAAAAUAAUAUUCCAGAGAUCAAGAAGAAAAUCCAAAAUAUCUAAGUAUACAAAAAUCAGAGGGGAAAAAUGACAUAGGCAAAGAAAAGGCAAUGUCAGGGUAACACAGAUCUUAGAAAUAUCUGACAAAGACUUUAAAACAGGUAUUAUAAAAAUGCUCAAAGUGUAAACAUAUGGAGAGGUAAAAAGUCAGCAUAAAACUAGAAGAAAUGAAUGAAAAGUUUAGAACUGAAAAAAUAUACUUGGAAUAAGCCUCACUGCAUGAGUUCAAAUGCAGAAUAGAAAUGACAGAGGAAGGACUCCUUGAACUUGAAGAUAAAUUAGAAAUCAUUUAAUCUGAAUAUCAGGGGGAAAAAAAGGAUGAGCAGAUUCUUAGGGACUUAGGAGACAAGUCUACAUUUAUGCAGAGUCCCAGAAGAAAAGGAGAAAAGGCGCAGUACAUGAAAAGGAUUUGAAAUAAUUGUAGCAAAAAACUCUCCACUUAUGGUUAAGAGCAUAGAUUAUAGAUUUUAUUUAGGUGGUCAACUUGAAAGCAGUGACAUAAAAAUGACAUAUUAGUUUUAAGGGAACACUGAUUCAAAUUACUUGAUUUAUCAGAAAUUGUUGAGGCCAGAAGGAAGUGACACACCAUUUUAAAUUUUUUUAACUGUCAACUCAGAAUUCUAUAUCCAAUAAAAAAAUCCUUCAGGAAUUAAGAUGAAAUUAAGAAAAUCCAAGAGCAUUCAUUGCUUUCAAACCUGCUCUAAACUAAUUGCUAAAGGAAGUUCUUUAAAAAGAAAAAGCACCAGAAGGUAAAGAACAUUUGGUAUUCUAUCCCCCCACCCAGGGGAUUGAAACUGGGGAUUGAACCCAGGGAGUUCUACCACCGACCUACAUCCUCAGCCCUUUUUAUUUUUUAUAUUUAUGCAGGAUCUAUGUCACCCAGGUAGGCCUUGAAUUUGUGAUCCCUCCGCCUCACCAUUCUCUGGGAUUGUAGGUAUGCAAUACUACAUGCUGCUAACUUCUUGUAUUCUUAAAAUGUGUUUGACAGUUGAAAACAUUGUGGUAUGGGACUUCAGUGUAUGUAAAUGUGACCAAUAAGACAACUGAAAAUAGGGCUGGGGUUGUAGCUCAGUGGUGGAGCGCUUGCCUCACUCCUGUGAGGCACUGGGCUCAACCCUCAGCACCACAUAAAAAUAAAGUUAUUGUAUCCAUCACAACUUGAAAAAAUAUUUUUUUAAAAAAAGACAACUGAAAAUAAACAGGGAAAGUAAAAGGUCCAAUAUUGUGCUUUCUAUAUAAUGUACUGGAAAAAUAUUUUUUCUAUAUACACUUUGAAAAGUAUAUUUAUUAUAGCAUCUGAAGAACCCACAAAAAGGAAGCUAUACAAAGAAAUAUAGAAAAAACUAAAAAUUUAAAUUCAAAUUUUUAAAAUAUGCUCACCUGAUCCAAAAAAGGAAAAAAAAGGGGAAAUGAUAAAUUGAAAAUAAAAGAAAAUUAAAUAGUAAACCUGAAUAAAAACAUAAAAUAAUAAAUCCAAACAUACUAAUAAUUUAUUAAUUAAUUUAAACAUAUCAAUGAAAAGAUUGUUUUUCUGGAUAAUGCUUUUUCUUUUUAACCCAAUUGAUCAACAAAUAUGUGAAAAAAUGUUCAACAUCUCAACAUCUCUAGCAAUUAGAGAAAUGCAAAUCAAAACUACUCUAAGAUUUCAUCUCUCUCCAGUCAGAAUGGCAAUUAUCAAGAACACAAGCAACAAUAAAUGUUGGCAAGGAUGUGGGGAAAAGGUACACUCUUACAUUGCUGAUGGGACCGCAAAUUGGUGCAAUCAUUAUGGAAAGCAUUAUGGAGAUUUCUCAGAAAACUUGGAAUAGAACUUUCAUUUGGCCCAGUUAUCCCACUUCUUGGUAUAUAUACCAAAAAAACUUAAAAUAAGCAUAGUACGGUGAGGGAACCACUCAAUUCACAAUAGCUAAACUAUGGAACCAACUUAGGUGCCCUUCAACAGAGGAAUGGAUAAAGAAAUUGUGGUAUAUACACACGAUGGAAUAUUACUCAGCCUUAAAGAAUGAAAUUAUGGAACUUGCUGGUAAAUGGAUGGAACCAGAGAAUAUUAUGCUAAGUGAAAUAUGCCAGUCCCAAAGAACCAAGGGCUGAAUGUUUUCUCUGAUCGCAGGUGCUAAUUCACAAUAAAGGUGGGGGGAAUAGAGGUACUUUGUAUUAGAGGGGAAUGAAGGGAGGGUAGGGGGUAUGGAGGUAGGAAUGACAGUAGAAUGAGACAGAUAUUAUUACCCUAUGUGCAUAUAUGAUUACAUAACCUGUGUAACUCUACAUUAUGUACAACUAGAAGAAUGAGAAGUUAUACUCCAUUUAUGUAUGAUGUGUCAAAAUGUAUUCUACUGUCAUGUAUAACUAAUUAAAACAAAUUUAAAAUUUUAAAACAUUACCCAAACAUUCUUACUUGUUUAUGCUGUCUACAAGUAAGUCAUGUCAAAUAUGAUAUAAUAAUGUAAAAAGUUGGAUAAAAUAUCUACUAUCAAAAGAAUAUUAAUAUCAGACAAAUAAUAUUUCAGAACAUGGAAUAUUUGGGGAAAUAAAGCAAAAACACAAUAAUAAAAGAAUAUAGGCACCAAAAACAAAACUAUUUAAAUGUGUACACAACUAAAAGCAGCUUCAAAAUACUCAAAGAAAAAUUCACAGAUCUGAAAGAAAAAGAUCAAUGACUAAAGCUAAGUACUUCAAUACUUCUUUUGAUAGUCAGUAUAACUUGUGGACAGAUGAUCAGCAAAGAUAUAAAAUAAUUCAAAUAUCAUCAAACAGCUAGAUAUAAUUUACAUCUGUGGAAUAUUCCAACACCAACAAAUUAGUACUCUUUUCAAAUGCAUAUGGAAUAUUUACAAGAUAGACCAUAUAUUCAGUCAUAAAACAAAUCUGAUUAGAUUUAAAUAACUAGAAUCAUGCAGAAUAUAUACUUAGGCCUUGAAUUAAACUGGUAAUCAAUACUGUGUUAACAUCUCCAAAUGUUUAGACAUUAAACACAAAUAAUCCAUAAAUCAAGGAGGAUGAUUCAAGAGAAAUAAGAAAUGUGUAACUAAACAAAAUGAAAAUGCAACAUAAAAUUUGUAGGAUGAAAUCAGUAACGCUUGAAGGGAAAUAACAUUAGGAAGGAAAACUAAAUUCAAUAGCUUAUGCUUGUGUGUUAAACUAGAAAAAGAAGAGUAAAUUAAACCUAAGGCACACAGCAGAAGCCACUGAACUACAAAGAUAACAUGGACACGUGAUACAGAGAAUUCAGAAACAAACAAAAGUCUGGUUGUUAGAAAAAAUUACCUGUGUUCCAAAAGUGGUUCUAGGCCUUAGUUGAACCUUGUUUUUGGCUCACAUGUCUUAUCCUUAUUUAAUUGCUAGGUAAUUCUCACUACCAGAAAUAGAAGAUACUUUAUAUGGUAAACAUAGCUUGCUGAGACAACCCAGUCUGUAUUUGGGAGUCUGAGGAAUAUUUUCUGGGUCCAUGAUUGAUCAUGCUAAAAUUAACUUUUGAAGUUAGAAGUGACUGGUAGAGAGCAUUGAAGACAUCAUAAACAAGAACACUGAAGUAUUGUUCCAUUGUUUCUGACAACUUGGUGUAUGGGAGAUACUAUGUAAACAUGUAUGUAUGGUUGAAUUGUCUAAAUCAUUGCAAAAUUGAGACUGAAUAAAGGUGAAAUUUAGAUAAUUUUGUACUUAAAAUGUGAAUUUAUAUUUGUACUUUGAAAUUAAUCAAUAAAGGUGAUACCCUGAA